CCAGGGCAGGACCAGGCACAGUGCCAUCCAGUGUCCCCCAGGCCUCCUGGGAUAGCUGUGGAGACCUCCCCUCUGAGGAGCUGGGCUGCUGCGGCUGGCUCUGAGGCACCAUGAGCACAGAGGGACCCAGCCUCCCCAGCCCCUCAGUCUCAAGCACCGGGGCCUUCCUCACUGCCCCAGGCACUCCUGGGACUCUCACAGAGGCGGCAGCGGCCACCCUCCCUGUGCUCAUCGCCCUGGCUGGCAUCUUCCUCCUGCUGGCCUCCUGCCUGCUGUUCCUGGCACUCUGCAAGCCGGCCCUGCUGGACCCGAGCCGCUGCCGGGCACAUGAGUGCCUGCCUCACCAUGCUGUGAGCCCCAGCGAGCCCCAGCUGCAGUUCUGGAAGCGCCUGGGCUCACUCCGCAGCUCCCUGCCCAGCUUCCAGCGUGGCGGGCCUGCCCCUCGACGCCCCCUGCCAGGACACGAUGACAGCCUUGGUGACAGCGACUACACAGAUUCUACCAAGAUGUGACAGGAACUCCACACACAGGCCCUGGCCCCCACGUUACCUGCAGAUCCUCCUACUGGCACGGCAGCUGUAGGACGGCAGCCCAAGCAACCCGCACCCUACAUGCCCCCCAGUGUUUCUCUGUGUGCCUAGUCCCAGUCCUUUCCCACAGAUGGCCCUGGAAGAAGACCUUCUUUCUGCAGAGCCCCUGGAUCACAAAUCAGGACAGAUCAGCAGGGGUUGAACAUAGGUUAAGAGGAUCCUGUCAGGGCAGGCGUCCUCCAGCGGUGGGACCAUCCAGACUUCUAGGACAGUUGUGGGACCUCUGGCCUAGGCCAUCUGCGUGUGAUCUCUGUGUGUCACUGACUGACUUGUCAGUGUGGGAUUCUCAGACUCUUGGGACCUGGGCUUCUCUGCGCAAGGCCAAGGCUAAAGGCUUUGUUUGGGUCUCCAUUUUGGGGAGUGUACAGAGGGCUUUGUUCUUUCCUCAGAGCCAGCUAGCCAGGCCCUACUCACCACAGGGUCCGUACCCACCCUGCUGGAACCCAAUGCAGCCAGCCAGGUCUUCUCCAGGACGGCCUUAGGUUUGCCUCGCUUCAGUUUCCAAAGCUUCACUGGCUCCCUCAUUCCCACUGGACACGGACAAAGCUCCUAGCCCCAUACAUGGUGCACUCCUGAAUUCAAUGUGUCUCCAGAAAAACAGCACCACCUGUCCUCCCUCUCCACCUCACGCUCCAAACAGUGCCCACCCUGUGGAAGCCUCCAAUGUUCUCCAGCCAAACUGUCUUGCCUGGAACUCCUCUCCUCCUCCUGCGGCCUGCAUGUCUUGCCUGUGCCGCUUUCCUCCAAGCCUGGGAGCUUGUGGAGAGCUGGAUCUCAUCCAGCAACUCGCUAUGACCCGCUAGCUUCCAACACAGAAGUAUCAGACCUUAUUUUGGGGCAAAAGUGGCUCAAGCUACAUGCAUCCUUACGCCCAAAGCAGCAGGAGACCUGUUAGAAGCCUGCACAACCCAGGAUCUCUCUGCCCUCUGACAGCCCCAGAAGGAAGCCCUCUCUCUAGCCAGACCCUGAUGGAAGAGCCAUUGCUCCUUCCUGCCUGCUUUCUCUCUCUCCUUCCAGGUCAGUCUGACCUAGACGGGGAGCCUAGCUUUGCCAGAAGCUUCUACAGGCAUGGGAGGUGGCGCCCAAAGACCUGAACUUCUUGAGAAGUCAAGGAAGCCUGUCAUGACUUGGAUCUGGAUGUCUCCCACAGAGCCUCAUGCAAUCAUAGAUAUUUUAGAGAUGGCUGGGCUCGAAGGUGUAUGAUUACUGAAUUAGUCCACUGAUUGGUUUGGCAUAGUUCUGGGUAGGAUUAAGAGCUCUCUACCCUGGCUGUGAGCACUACCUGCCCUAAGGGUGGGUAACCUGGAUAGAGCAGAAGGGACAGGAGGUGGGCUGCUGUGGUUGCUUGGCACCGCCCUGCCCUGCUGCCUUCCACCCACCAUGAGCUGUUCUCUGUGACGCCCUCUGCUGUGCCAUCCUGCCUCAGAGC